ACGUCUUCCACUCCGUGAGCUCCGUGUCGUUGGAGUACCGUUACCGGCGACCUCGUCCUGGUCCUGCACAGCUCACAGAACCUCUCAGAACCUCUCAGAACCUCACGGAUUAAACAACCUCACAGGGAAUUCCGGGUGUUUUCAUUUCCUCAUGUUGGGAAUCCGGUCCUGAUUUGGAGGAUUGUGUGUUUUUUCCUUUUGCUCUGAGAAGCGCGAGCGCUCCGUUCAUGUUUCCACUGAGUUAACUUGGAGACAAGUUUCUCUUUCUUCUCUUUCUUCUCUUUCUUCUCCUGAAGGAUUGCGCGCUUCAUCUAAGGGGUUCUUAUUAAAAGGAAAGCGCAAGAAAGAGAAAAAGAAAAAAAAAGAAAGAAAGAAGAAGAAAAAGUGGGAAUGUAGUGCAGACAACACGCUCCCAGGAUCCCACUUCCUGUCCACCCCUCAGCUUGCUCUCGGAAUGGGACUGCACCUUCCCAGAGUGAACUUCUUUACUGGGGGGUGUGGCCAUCCCUGGGCAGGACAGAGAGCAUAGACCACCUGCAGUAUUCUUUUGAACCCGUGACCUUGGUGUGACCCUGUCCAACCAUGCCUUUCAGGCUGAAACUGCCUCGUACGAGGCGCUACAACGUGCUGAGCAAGAACUGCUUCGUGAUUCGGAUCCAACUGCUGGACAAUCACGUGAUCGAGUGCACGCUGUCCGUCGAAGGGACUGGCCAAGAGUGUUUGGAAGCAGUUGCUCAGCGUCUCGAACUGAGAGAGACACAUUAUUUCGGCCUGUGGUUUCACUCUAAAGCUCAGAUGCAGAGGUGGGUGGAGUUGGAGAAGCCGCUGAAGAAGCAGCUGGAUAAAUUCGGUAAUGAACCAAUGCUGUACUUCGGGGUCAUGUUCUAUGUACCCAACGUCUCCCGCCUUGAGCAAGAGGUCACCAGAUGCCUUUCCUUUCCCAGGUAUCAGUACUACCUGCAGGUGAAGAAGGAAGUGCUUGAUGGGCGCCUUCACUGCACUGUGGAGCAAGGCAUUCGACUCGCCGGUCUCGCUGUCCAGGCCGACUUCGGAGAUUUCACUCAAUAUCUGUCUCAGGAUUUCCUCAGGGAAUAUGUUUUGUUCCCUGUGAACUGGCCCCACGUCGACGAGGUGUUGGACGAAUGGACUCAGAAAGUGGCUGAAGAACACAAGAGUCACUAUCAAAUGCAGGUUGCAGAUGCAGAACUGCUCUACAUUAAAGAGGUGGAGAAACUAGAUGGAUUUGGCCAAGAGAGCUUUGCUGCUAAAGACAACUACACCAACGACAUCUUCAUCGGAGUUUCGUUUAUCGGAAUCUUUGCCAAGCACAGAAACGGGAGAUCUAUCAUGCUUCAUCGGUGGAAGGACAUCGGCACCAUCGGGCACAACAAGUCGGCUAUCACCGUGGAGAUAACCAGCAAAGACGACACCAUCAUGUUUCACAUGGAGGAUAUAGAGAUGGCUAAAUACAUAGCACGCCUCUUCACAGCCAGACACAAGUUUUACAAACAGAACAAGAUCUGUGUAGAGCCGACCCAUUCUCCUGUCACUAUACGGAGAAGAUCCCCUUGGAACAGGCAGCAUAGACCACAGUCCUGUAUUGCACACUCUCAAUAUCCUGAUCACUAUCAGGAUACCCAAAGCUCUCAAGACAGUAUAUUCCACGAAGACCCGUACUGUAAGUCUGAGACGAGUCUGGUGGAGUUUAGUUUCCGUAACGGCCUGGUUCCUAAUGGAAGUAUGUGCAGCAGUCCGAGCGUAAGCUCCCUGAACCGCUCACAGACCUUUGUUCACUCAUCACCCAUGUCUUCAAGCCCUAGCAUCCCUGGGAGUGAGCUCAUGCGGUCUGACUACAUCCCCAGCCAACGGCACUCGGCCAUCAUCCCUCCCUCCUACAGGCCCACACCAGAGUAUGAUGCUGUGAUGCGGCAAAAACGCUGCCACCUUACAAACACACCUACCGUUGACUGUCACAGCCAGUCACUGCGCAGCCUCAACAUCAGCAACACGUAUGUUUACCGUCAACCGUCACUAGUGUACAGCCAGCCGGAAAUGCGUGAGCAAGGCCCUUACCCUGCGCCCUAUGGCGGGGGUGGAGGUCCUCAGCCAGUAUACGGACUUCAUGCUGGACCCACCGUACCUCACCAGGGUCAGAUGGUACAUUCUAUAACUGCUCAGCCACAAUGUAGCGGCGCUAAUGGCAUUUCACAUACCGUCAGCACGCCAGAACUGGCCAACACUAAGCAACAAGUGAUUAACCGGACUACCCAUGUGUUUAGGAACCACCAAUCAAAACCUCCACCCCCUUACACAGCAUCCUUUAGGCCAGCUACCAGCACCCCAGACUUGGCGAGCCAUCGGCAACGCUGCAUUGGAGGAUCUAGUCCGGAGCUGGUGACACGUAAAGUGCAGCUGUCUGUGAAAACAUUCCAGCCAGACAGCUCAGCCGUGGUGCACCAGUCGUUACAGGAGAUGAGUGAGCCAUUAACGGCCAUGAAACACCGUUCCACACUUGCCAAACGCCACAGCAUGGAAGUCGCAAUGGUCCUCAAGGGAGCCAGUGUAGUCCCCUUGCCUCGAAGGAACACACUACGAGAGCAAGUGCCACCACUGAUCCCUCCCCAGCAAGCACAAGUCCAACCUCCUCCACCACCUCAGCUGGCUGAGGUGCAAAUGCCAGCCCAGAAAUCCUCCAACCCUGACCCGACAUACCAGCAUCAUCAAAAAACACUAUCUAACGUCACCAUGCUGAUCCACAGCAGUGAAAGCGAAGAGGAAGAGGAGGACUAUGCACCCGAGCUGGACGUCCACAUACCAGGCCUGAACGAGGACAUCAGUGCUCAACUGCAGGCAGCACUUGCUAACAUUCCUAACAAACCACCCCCCGAAUACCCUGGACUGCGGACCAGCAGCAACAACAUCACACUCAGGCACCACAACCAGGAUCGGAGUCGAGGUUCUCCAGAGGUGGUGCAGGUGCAAACACAGGUUUACGCCCAUGCAGGAGGGAACCGCGGGAGACAAAGUCCGAGCCGCGCAGAGCCGGUGUGUCUGAGCGGGGCGACUCUCGGACCGUCCAUCUCUGAGCCGGACCUCACCAGUGUGAAGGAGAGGGUGAGGAAAGAGCCGGUGAAAGAGAGACCUGUCUCAGAGAUGUUUUCCAUCGAGGACAGCAUUGUGGAGAGAGAGAUUGCACAGAGGACUCUGGAGAGGCAGAAGAUGUCUGUGGACUCGGUGAAGAGGCCUCUGAUGAUGGCCACCCUGAACGGACUCUACGUGAGCCGCAUGCCUGUGCCAGAAAGCCCACGUGAGGACGUCUCUACCAAAGCCAACACGGAUGAGAUGUGUAAACAUCUGGAGCUGAGGUUGGAGGAGGAGCGGCUCUUCUCCGAAUACGAGCAGAUGGCUAAAAAAAGACCCGAGUGUAACCUGGCCACGGCCACGCUCCCCGAUAACGCAGAGAGGAACCGGUUCCGUGACGUCGUUCCUUACGAGAACAACCGUGUAGAGCUGGUCCCAAACAAAGAGAACAACACGGGUUACAUUAACGCCUCCCACAUCAAGAUGCUGAUCAGAGGGGAGGAGUGGCAUUACAUCGCCACACAGGGACCUCUUCCCAACACCUGCCACGAUUUCUGGCAGAUGGUCUGGGAGCAAGGAGUCAACGUGAUUGCCAUGGUUACGGCAGAGGAGGAGGGAGGUCGGUCUAAGAGUCACAGAUACUGGCCCAAACUCGGCUCCAAGCACAACUCGGCCACCCACGGCAAGUUUAAGGUCACCACCAAAUUCCGUACAGACUCGGGUUGCUACGCGACGACAGGGUUAAAGGUCAAGCACCUUCUCUCUGGUCAGGAGCGGACUGUGUGGCACCUACAGUACACCGACUGGCCCGAGCACGGCUGCCCCGAAUACGUACAAGGCUUCCUGGCAUACCUGGAAGAGAUCCAGUCCGUGCGGCGUCACACUAACAGCAUGCUGGACGCCUCAAAGAACCCGAAGCCGCCGGUGGUGAUUCACUGCAGUGCCGGAGUCGGACGCACCGGAGUCGUUAUUCUUACCGAGCUCAUGAUCAGCUGCCUGGAGCACAACGAGAGGGUGGAGGUCCCGGUGAUGCUAAAUCACUUGAGACAGCAGAGGAUGAUGAUGGUUCAAACCGUCGCUCAGUACAAGUUUGUGUAUCAGGUUUUGAUCCAGUUUUUGAAGAACACCAGACUCAUCUGAGUCAGACUGUGUGUGUGUGUGUGUGUGUGUGUGUGUGUGUGUGUGUAUAUAGAUAAAUGUGUGUGUAUGUACAGUAUGUGCGUGUCCUAAAUCGCCACCUUCAGCUUAAAGUGCAUGACACUCAGGCUGAAGCAUCUCUACACGUCAUUGGAGAAAAAGGACCAACAUUAUUCCUAACAGAACAUUCUGUCUUCGGUAAACGAGUGGAGAAACACCUGUAUUAUGAUUCUUUAUUAUUAUUAUUAUUAUUAUUAUUAUUAUUAUUAUUAUUAUUAUUAUUAUUAUUAUUAUUAUAGACUUUUUUGUUCAUGGCACCUCUCCGUUAGGGUUCCUUGUCUUAUAUUAUCUUGUAGCUACACCUGCUCUUAGCAUGAUGGAAGUCCUGCUCGAAUGAUUUUGGGAUUUGGUUGACUGAGGUGAAUUUCUCUAAAUGACGUCAUGACUACGUUAAAUAUGUAAAGGAAAUAUAUAUAUAUUUGAAUUCCAUACUGUAUUUUCCAGACUAUAAGUUACACUUUCCUACAGAACACACAGAAUGUCCAUCUUCUUAGACUGCAUUUAUAUAUGAAGUAAGGCACAAAACACAGGAGGCUGUGAGCUUACAGGAAAAUAAUCAACGACACGAUGCUACUGACACCUGUUCACUUACAGCACAUCCUGAUGAGACGUUUUAUUCCUCUUAUACCGCAUGCUUACGAUUAUUUUAUUUAUUAAAGGCCAACAACUUGUACUUUCACAUAUAUACAGAUAUGAAACAAAAGUUUGUGCACCCUUGGUCAACUUCUCUAUGUUGUUAAAAAUAAAUAAGUGGAUAAAAAUGUGCCACGCGAAAGUUUAGACACCCUUCUCAUUUAACAUACAUUAACGUUUACGGCAUUUAGCAGACGCCCUUAUCCAGAGCAACUUACAUUAUCUCAUUUUUGUACAACUGAACAAUUGAGGGUUAAGGGCCUUGCUCAGGGGCCCAACAGCGGCAGCUUGGUGGACCUGGGAUCGAACUCACAACCUUCUAAACGGCAGCCCAACACCUUAACCGCUAGGCUACCGCAAUACUUUGUUGCAGAUGUUCAUUUCACUCCAAUAUGUCAUGUCGAGAUGGGUGCACAAACUUUUGCAUAGAAUAGUCUAAUGGUUUAAGAGUCACAGCUGCUUCAUAAUGUCAUUUAACUAACAAGAAGAAUUGAGGCUUCUGUUAUAAACUGACACCGUAGCUGUCGUCUGUUCACGGCAACCUAUAGUCCGGAGAAUACGGUAUAUUUUGUACAGAUCAAGAUUCACGAGAUUCACGUUUUGAUAUUUAAUUUUUUAUUUAUUGUUCUUCUUGUCACCCUGUCGUUCUUGUUAACCCGGUGUGCAGGUGGACAUGAGCUUAAUUCUAGUUAAUUUUAUUAUGUUCGUGUCGUUUAUUUUACAGAUUUUUGUCUUUAAAAGCGGCGUGUUUUCAUUGUCGACGUUGAUUGUGGACAAAAAAAUCAACACCAGACACCAAACACCACUUCCUGGAAUCCACCAAACCCAAAACAAACUAUUUUAGCACAAACAAACAAACAAACAAACAAACAAAUAAACAAAUA